AUGGGUUCAUGGGAGGAGUAUGAUCCUGAUGGAAUGAGUGAUGCUGAAUCAGGGAGUGAGCUGGCAGCAGCAGACUCCCAGGGGCUGCAACAAUUCCCCUACACCCCGUCUCCUUCCGAGCAUGGGCGGCGCGCCGGGCCGGUGCCCACGGCCAUCAUUGGGGGCGUGGCGGGGAGCGUCCUGCUGGUGCUGAUUGUGGUCGGCGGGAUCGUGGUAGCCCUGCGCCGGCGCCGGCACACCUUCAAGGGUGACUACAGCACCAAGAAGCACGUGUAUGGCAAUGGCUACAGCAAGGCGGGCAUCCCCCAGCACCACCCGCCCAUGGCACAGAACCUGCAAUACCCGGAUGACUCGGACGAUGAGAAGAAGGCCGGCCCGCUGGGCGGGAGCAGCUACGAGGAGGAAGAAGAGGAGGAGGGUGGUGGUGGAGGGGGCGAGCGCAAGAUGGGCGGCCCCCACCCCAAGUAUGAUGAGGACGCCAAGCGGCCCUACUUCACCGUGGAUGAGGCCGAGGCCCGGCAGGACGGCUAUGGGGACCGGACUCUGGGCUACCAGUAUGACCCUGAGCAGCUGGACUUGGCUGAGAACAUGGUUUCUCAGAACGACGGGUCUUUCAUUUCCAAGAAGGAGUGGUACGUGUAGCCCCCUUCCGGAGCCUCUGUCUGUGCCCACUU